UCGGCUGGGAGGCUACCUUUCCGGAUGUGCCCGGGCCCGCCAUUGUGCGCGCCGGUGCCCUCUGCGGGUGACGGCUCCGAUCGUCUGGCUGUCCCGAGCCUCUCUCUCUUCUGGGAGCCCGGCGGGUCUGUCCCGGACGCUGCGGGUGCCGGCGCGGGCGCCGGCGCCGGCCCCAACAUGUGGCUGUGGGAGGAGCAGGGGGGCCUACUGGCCUCCUUCUCCUUCCUGUUUGUUCUGCUGCUGAUCCUGACCCGCAGCCCCUUCAACUCCUGCCUCUUCACCAUCAGCUUCUACCUGCUGCUGCGCUUCUUCAGCUUCGAGCCGGUGCCCAGCCGCCGGGCCCUGCAGGUGCUCAGGCCCCGCGGCCGUAUCUCUGCCAUCGCCCACCGCGGUGGCGGCCACGAUGCCCCUGAGAACACGCUGGCCGCGAUUCGGGAGGCAGCUAAGAAUGGAGCAACAGGUGUGGAGCUGGACAUUGAAUUUACCGCAGAUAGUGUUCCUAUCCUAAUGCAUGAUGAGACAGUAGAUAGGACUACUGAUGGAACAGGACGUUUGAGUGACUUGACAUUUGCUGAUGUUAGGAAGCUUAAUCCAGCAGCAAACCACAGAUUGAAGAAUAAUUUCCCUGGUGAAAAAAUACCUACUCUGAAGGAAGCCAUUGUGGAAUGUCUAGAUCAUAACCUCACAAUCUACUUUGAUGUCAAGAGCCAUGCAACUAUGGCUGCUGAUGCUCUAAAACAUAUGUAUAUGGAAUUUCCUAAGUUAUACAACGUCAGUGUUGUCUGCUCUUUCAUGCCAGAAGUUAUCUAUAAGAUGAGGCAAGCAGACCGUAAUGUUGUGACAGCUCUAACCCAUAGACCUUGGAGCCUUAGCUAUUUUGGAGACGGGAAACGACGCUUUGAUUCUUUUUGGAAGCAUUUUUUAUAUAUGCUGCUGGAUAUUCUCCUAGAUUGGAGUUUGCAUAAUAUCUUGUGGUACCUUUGUGGAGUUUCAGCUUUCCUCAUGCAGAAGGAUUUUGUAUCUACGGCCUAUUUGAAGAGGUGGUCAGCUAAAGGGAUUCAUGUUAUUGCUUGGACUGUGAAUACCUAUGAAGAGAAAAAGUUCUAUGAAAGCCAUCUUCAGUCCAGCUAUAUAACUGACAGCAUGUUAGAAGACUGUAGCCCUCAUUUCUAGACCACUACCCUUUUGCAGGGACUCUGGUCUCAGAAACCUCUGCUAUCCUUAUUCAAGGAAAUGUAAAUACUCAGAUGUAGCCCUGAGUUCUUGAGGAUCAGGUGGUUCACAGAAGUAUUAGUCAGAAAUUGCAUUUUAACUUGAAUCAGAGCAGAAUGGUGUGGUUGGCACCAAAUUCCAUAGUGUGCUUGAGUUCAUCAUGGCUGAUUUUUGGGAAUUGGGUCUAUGAGGAGGUUUGCCACUGUUUGCUCCUAAUCCAGCUGAGUUAUAUACAGAGACUCAGUAGUGAUAAGCACAGAUUCAUGUAAUUUGUACAUCUUAAAAAAAAUUACUGCAAAUGUAUGCAAAAUGCAUGUUGAGUUAGACUGGACUUUUCUUACUUUUCACACUUAAUGUAUUCUUCCACUAUUUUUAUUUGGCCAUGUUGAACAAUGUAUUGUGGAAGUCAGAUUUGGGAACCAUACUAAUAAAAUUUUUUAAAUGGAUAUUAAGCAUACAAUGCCCCAAGUAAUAAAACAAUUUGAGAAAGAUAUGGGAUGUAAUGCAGUGGACAGAGUUUGCUUUUUUAUAUUAAUACAAAGCCCCAUCAAGUGUGUGAGGCAUACUAAUUAUUAAAUUGACAUUUAUAGCAAUUUAAACACAAAUCAUAGGAAAGUGUUGAAACUUGCUGGUAAGACUGUUUUAAAGCAGUUGAGAUAGAUACAUAUAACCAUACUACCUAGUCACAACAAAUGACAGUCUUUUAGACCCUCAUGAAUUUCUACCACAUAACUUCCAUUGCUACUUGAAGUAAAUUAAAUUAUAUAAUACCUCUAUAUUAGUUUAAGAGUAAACUUCUUGGGAAUUCUUCAUAAAUGGCCUCUCUUAGCCCUCCUACUGAAUCUCUUUACCAAAAAAGAAACGAACCAUUCUUUUUAGUGAAAGCCAGUCAGUCCCAACUGACCUACUGCCAAUUGCAUUGCUUCUGACUCAUUCCAGAUUUCUCUUUAACUUCAUUCUAUUUAUCUGCUAGCCCCAGCUCUUAAUACUAUCUGUAGCACUUAAGUUGAGAACACUUUUGAAGAUCAUAGGCCUAUAGAAAAAAUAUUUGAAAUACACUUCAGUAUAUCAGGGAUUUAUCAACUCCUCUUGCUUUCACAUUUGUGCUGCCUCCAGCUCCAAUCUCACUCAUUCUAAUCCAACUGCUUUUACUAUUUGUUCUCUUUAUUCCUAUUUCUACUUCCUGUAAACACAUCCAGUACUGUAAGGGCAGAAUACAAGGGUGGUGGGUCAACUGUCAUCAAUGGUAAAAGUAAUAUAAAAAAAAUUUGCUGAUUGUUUUCAUUUUUAUUUGUUGCCUUUCCAUUUUCAUCCUUUUUGCUGCUGUGAUAGAAAUUAAAGUUCCCUAUGGAUGAUGA